AAACCAAGUGGCGUGUGCUAAGCACGGCGUCGUUUACUGUCUCUCUACCCUCUUCUUUCUUCAUCUUCCAAUUCAAUAAACAAAUAUAAUCUCCCUCGUUUUCAUCUUUGGCACCUAACUCUCUCUUUGAUUCCUUUCUGUGUCUCCGAUUAUCUAUAGAAUUUUUUUCCUCUCCAUUCUCGUUCUUCGCCUCCUGGGUUUCACUGCAAUAUCAGGUAGACUUUCUUUCCUAUAAAGAUGGACUUUUUCUUCAGAGGCCUAAAUGAGGAACAGGCACCUUCUCAGCAUGAUAUUAUUAGGUGUCCAUUUUUAAGAAACAUUAAUGAGCCUACUAAUUUCUCCUUUGCCUCAUCCGCGCCUUUCCCAAUGCCAGUUCGAACAGGCAAAGGUCCAAUUUUCGAAGAUGGUCCCAAUUUUGAUAUGGCAUUCAGGCUAUUCCACGGGCAUGAUGGAGUAGUCCCCCUUUCAGAAAGAUCAUUCUCAAGUUCUAUUAAACAGUCCCAGCCAACCCUUCCUGAGUUCAAUCCUUUAGCUGCAAAAGCAGCUACCAUCAGUCUUUCAUCCUUUGGACCUGGGGGACCCUUCAGCUUUGACUCAUUUUCGAAGAAGUGGAAGAAUGAAAAGAAAAACUCCAAACCGUCCAAGAAAAAGUCAUCCCCACAGGGAGGACAGUCCAAUCAUGAGGCAUCAAGCAAUGAGUGGCUGCAAAAUGGAAACUGCCCUAUUGCAAAGUCAUAUCGUGCCGUUAGCAAUGUCCUACCACUUGUUGCAAAGGCUUUCCAACCCCCACCUGGUGUGAAACUCAGAUGCCCACCUGCAGUGGUUGCAGCCCGAGCAGCUAUAGCGCGGACAGCUUUUGCUAAAAACCUUCGGCCUCAACCCUUACCUGCUAAAGUACUCGCAAUUGGGCUGUUGGGCAUGGCUGCAAAUGUUCCUUUAGGUAUAUGGAGGGAACACACUGAAAAGUUUUCACUAUCAUGGUUCACAGCUGUCCAUGCAGCAGUUCCAUUCAUAGGCAUGCUCAGGAAAUCUGUGUUGAUGCCCAAGUCAGCCAUGGCAUUUACAAUCGCAGCUUCUAUACUGGGACAGGUUAUCGGAUCUAGAGCAGAGAGAUACCGUCUGAAGGCAGUGGCUGCAAAGAAAAUGUCUCUUGCAGAAAUAUCUGUCGGUGGUUCGAGUCAGUUAAACAUUGUUGCUGUUAAAGGCAGAAAUUGUGGUAAUCUGGUGGAAUAUCCAGUUGCACUUCAGGUUGCCGGGACUUCUUCGUCAGCAGCAGAUGUAUUCUGCUGAUUCUUUCUCUUGGCACUAAGUGUACUAUUUAUUACAGAUUGUAAUUCUUGUUUCUAACAAGAAGUGAUUGUUAGUUCAUUCCUUGUUCUCCAUUAUUAUUCCCCAUGUGGUGUAAGGACCUGAUUUUAGCUAUUGAUGAAAUAAAAGUGAUGAAAAAAUGAGUGAGAUUUAUUUGAGGCA